CGCACCUCCACUCCGCAGCGCAGCCCGCCCCCCCUCUCCGUGCGGUCGGUCGGUCCCUCCGCCCGCUCCCAGUCGCGGCGCCUCGCACUUCUGACUCGAGUCCCCGCAGCGCUUGUCGUCGCCGCCCGGAUCCGCCGCCCCGCGCCAUGCAGCCGGCCGCGGGCAGCGAGCGCCGCAGCCCCCCGGGCCCUGCCGUCCCGCCGCCGCCCCGGGGCCACGCGCCCUUGGCCGCCGCCCCGGGUCCGCUGAGCUCUCCCGCGCGGGAGCCGCCGCAGCCCGAGGAGGAGCGGCAGCUACGGAUCAGCGAGAGCGGUCAGUUCAGCGACGGGCUGGAGGAUCGAGGCUUACUAGAAAGCAGCACUCGACUAAAACCUCACGAAGCCCAGAACUACAGAAAGAAGGCGUUGUGGGUCUCCUGGUUCUCCAUUAUUGUCACACUAGCCCUGGCUGUGGCCGCCUUCACUGUCUCCGUAAUGAGGUACAGCGCCUCUGCUUUUGGGUUUGCAUUUGAUGCCAUCCUCGACGUUCUGUCCUCGGCGAUUGUGCUGUGGCGUUACAGCAAUGCAGCCGCUGUGCACUCUGCCCACAGGGAGUACAUAGCCUGUGUCAUCUUGGGGGUGAUAUUUCUGCUGUCAUCUGUGUGUAUAGUGGUCAAAGCUAUCCAUGACCUCUCAACUAAGCUGCUCCCAGAAGUGGAUGAUUUCCUGUUCAGUGUCUCCAUUUUAAGCGGGAUCCUUUGCAGCAUCCUGGCUGUGCUGAAGUUUAUGCUGGGGAAGGUUCUGACCAGCAGAGCUCUCAUAACAGAUGGGUUCAACUCCCUCGUGGGGGCCGUGAUGGGCUUCUCCAUCCUUCUGAGCGCGGAGGUAUUCAAGCACAACUCGGCAGUCUGGUACCUGGACGGCAGCAUCGGGGUGCUGAUCGGACUCACCAUAUUCGCCUACGGGGUCAAGCUCCUCAUCGACAUGGUGCCCAGGGUGAGGCAGACGCGCCACUAUGAGAUGUUUGACUGAAGGUGGCCAGAGGCGGCCAGCCUGCAUCUGCAUGACGACUGUCCGGACGACGAGAGGUUUCCACGCAGGCAGCCGGUGCCAACAUUUAACUGAACAUCCAGUUUCUUUUUUGGAAAGUUUGUGCUCACGGGACCGUGGUCCCCCCUGCCGCCAGCAGGUCAGACUGCACUGCCCCCACCCUCCACCGCCCUGCCUCUGCCAGACACCGUAGGACAAUGUGCACGGAGCGGGGACCCGUCUCCAGCGGACACUGACCUUUUCCAUCUCCUGCAGUAAAAAGGUUCUUGGGGGUGGGAGAAGGAUCUCUGCUUGGCAGAAAGCCCUUCCGGGGUGCUCCCAGCCUGCAGUGGAUAGAACCGACCACGCCCGCCUCCUCCGGAUACCACGUGGCUCCAGAAUCUCCAUCUCCUGGCAGAUUUUAAGGGAAGACCUUCCCCUUUUGUCCCUCACCCCUUUCCAGACCCAGAACCAUCAGUAUAUAUUACAUCCUAAUUUCUAUUGAUGUAUUUCAUUCGUUUCAUACAGUUUUACUAAUCCUCGAUCUAAACAACAGAUUUGUUCCAAAGGAGACCAUUCUAUUUUUAAAGUACUUAGUGAAUAGAUGUAUGAGCUUUGCAUGGUCGAACUCAGCACAUGACCCUUUCUUGUACAUUCAGAACCUGAACAUACAUGUAAAAAACAGCAUCCAUUUUGGACAGAUGUGAAACUAGUUUAUUUGUAAUAAAUAAUGGUAUAACUGAUCCAUAUAUGCAUAUAUCUAUAUGCUGUAUGACGUGGGCAUAGUACACUACAGUCUGUUAGAAGCACCUUCGUCCCCUGUAAGGAACCAGAUGUUCAUUUAUGUAGCAUUCGUCACAGACUCUGUAAAACACGCGACGACGUUCUGUACCUCUCACACUGUGACAGUGUCUCACCAAUAAAGACUGGUACCUGUUUUGUAUGGUA